CGCGCGGUCUCAGUGAAGCGCUGCUGUGAGAACUGCUCAGGUCGCUCUGCACGAGCGCCCUCACGCGCACGUUUAUAUCCUGCCCUUUGCAGGCGAAGGAAGAGGCGGCGUGCAGACAGCUCGCGCGCUGUCUCGCGCUCCGCAGGUGUCGGGGACUUCCUCGAUAAAGCUGGCUGCGCGCGGCACUCUGCCAUCAGACGUUUCCUGUUCGUGGCGCACGAGAAGACGCGGUCCGGGAGGAGAGCACAUGCGCGCGAUCAGGCAGCCCGCUCUCGGGUUUGAAGGCUGUGAGUGUGUGUAAAGUCCAUGGCAGUUCCAGAGCUCAGAGAUGAGUUCCACAGCUAUCCUGGAAGAGACGCUGAUCAAACGCUCUCAGCAGAAGAAGCGUACGUCACCUCUGAACUACAAAGAGAGGAUUUUUGUCCUGACCAAGACAAGACUGACCUACUACGAGGGACGCCCCGAGAAGAAGUUCAGGAAGGGUUUUAUUGAUCUGCAGCGGGUCAAGUGUGUUGAGAUUGUGAAGAAUGGAGGCAUGGUCAUACCGUGCCAAAAUAAAUACCCCUUCCAGGUGGUUCAUGACUCCAGCACUCUCUAUAUAUUUGCUCCUAGCAAUGAGAGCAGAAGUGUGUGGGUACAAAACAUGAAGGAGGAGAUUAGGAAUAACUCUCUGAUUGUGGCCAAGUUCCAUCCCCAGUUCUGGCAGGAGGGGGGCUGGCUCUGCUGUGGACAAGCUGAGAAACUCGCCCCGGGAUGUGAGGAAUACAACCUGUUUGGAGACAUUUCACGGAAACCACUUCCUGCGCUUCCCACUAAGGAGUCCACAACACGACAUUCUGCCCCAGGUCUUCCACCCACACAGGAAAAACAGUCUCUGCCACAAGAGGAGGCGGAGCCUGAGGAGGAAGUGGUCAUCGCGCUGUAUGACUUUGCGGGAACAGAAAGCCAGGAUCUUCAACUACUCAGUGGCGAGGAGUAUGUCAUUGCUGAGAAGUGUGAUGUUAACUGGUACAGAGCCCGAAACAAAUAUGGGGAGGAGGGCUAUAUUCCCAGCAACUAUGUGACCCCAAAGCAGCCAGACAACCUUCAACAGUUUGUAUGGUACUGCAAAAAUGUUAAUCGAAACAAAGCAGAGGAGCAACUAAGACAUGAGGGUAAAGAAGGAGGGUUCAUGGUACGAGACUCCAGCAGUGUGGGCACAUAUACAGUUUCUCUCUACACAAAGUCUUUGGGGGUCGGGGGUGAGGCCAUUAGGCACUAUCGCAUUAAGGAGUUUCAGGACCCUAAACUGUUCUACUUGUCUGAGAAGCACCAGUUCAGCACCAUACCAGACCUCAUAGAAUACCACAAACACAACGCUGCAGGUCUGGUGUCUAGGUUGCGUUAUCCAGUAAAUAGACAGAGCAAAGCAGCACCAUCAACAGCAGGAUUCAGCUACGAUAAGUGGGAGAUUAAGCCAUCUGAGCUGACGUUCAUGAAGGAGCUUGGCAGUGGUCAGUUCAGUGUGGUCCGCCUGGGCAAGUGGAGAGCACAGCAUAAAGUGGCUAUCAAAGCCAUACGACAAGGGGCCAUGCUGGAGGAGGACUUCAUAGAGGAGGCCAGAGUUAUGAUGAGGCUAUCCCACCCAAGGCUGGUGCAGCUGUAUGGCGUGUGCACACAGCAGAGGCCUAUCUACCUGGUGACGGAGUUCAUGGAGCUGGGCUGUCUGCUCAACUACAUCCGGCAGCGCCGCCAAACCUUCAGCGCCCAGGACCUGCUGAGCAUAUGUCACGAUGUCAGCCAGGGCAUGCAGUACCUGGAGGAGAACCACUUCAUCCACCGCGACCUGGCAGCCAGGAACUGCCUGGUCAGUGCCUCACAUGUGGUGAAAGUAUCCGACUUCGGCAUGACCAGGUAUGUUUUGGAUGACCAGUAUGUCAGCUCCUCAGGAGCGAAGUUUCCAGUUAAAUGGUCCCCACCUGAGGUCUUUAACUUCUGCAGAUACAGCAGCAAGUCAGACGUCUGGUCUUUUGGGGUGCUGAUGUGGGAGGUGUUCACAGAGGGCAAGAUGCCAUUCAAGAAUAACCUGAACCAUGAGGUCGUGAAGAUGGUGAGCCAAGGUCAUCGUCUCUCUCACCCCAGAAAAGCUACACCCCAGGUCUACAGCAUCAUGCAGCUCUGCUGGCGAGAGAGACCAGAUGAGAGGCCCCCUUUUGAGCAGAUUUCCAUGAUGAUCACAGACGAGCUAGAAGCUGAUGAACAUGCGUCCUGAACUCUGAUUGGACAGUCUGACUUAAUGCUGCCCAAUGGCUGGAUGUCAGCAGCUCAUAAUGAAUCCAUCUUGCGGUCUGGACAGUUCCACUGACACGGACCCUACAGGAGGAAACCACUGAAAAUGAAAUGAUGGAAAAACUCAGUAGAAGAAUGAUAUAUUUGGAAUUCAAGUGAUGGACACAGGAAGAUGUAUGGACAGGAACGUGUAGACAGGUGUGCAUGUAUAGAAUGUACAAACAAAAGAUUUCAAAUUGUUCACUGUGCAGUGCACUGUAAAGCUUAACAGCUGUCUGUUGGGCGUAAAUAAAGUUGUAAAAAUC